GGGCAAACCAUACCUGCCCAGAGGCAAAAGUUAAUCAGCCUAUUGACAAAUAUCAAAAGGCAGGGUAUGUGUGUGAAUGUGGAAGACAGGCAAGCAAAGAAGUAGGUGAACUUCUGUGACAAAUUUUGUUCUUAUUCAGGUUGCCUGUUGACUCUGAUGGUGGUUUCUUUUGCUGCUUCCCACCCUUCACUCCGUUUUCCAACAACUCUCCCACAUCCCUCAGGACUGACCCUGGCACUCAAGUGGACAGAGAGCCAUGAGAAAUUUGAGUGGAGGCCAUGUCGAGGAGUUUGUCUUGCUGGGUUUCCCUACCACGCCUCCCCUCCAGCUGCUCCUCUUUGUCCUUUUUUUUGCAAUUUACCUUCUGACAUUGCUGGAGAAUGCACUCAUUGUCUUCACAAUAUGGCUUGCUCCAAGCCUUCAUCGCCCCAUGUACUUUUUCCUUGGCCAUUUCUCUUUCCUGGAGCUAUGGUACAUCAAUGUCACCAUUCCUCGGCUCUUGGCAGCCUUUCUUACCCAGGAUGGUAGAGUCUCCUACAUAGGUUGCAUGACCCAACUGUACUUCUUUAUUGCCUUAGCCUGUACUGAAUGUGUGCUGUUGGCAGUUAUGGCCUAUGAUCGCUACCUGGCCAUCUGUGGACCCCUCCUUUACCCCAGUCUCAUGCCUUCCAGUCUGGCCACUCGCCUUGCUGCUGCCUCUUGGGGCAGUGGCUUCUUCAGCUCCAUGAUGAAGCUUCUUUUUAUUUCCCAAUUGUCCUGCUGUGGACCCAACAUUAUCAACCACUUUUUCUGUGAUAUUUCCCCACUACUCAACCUCACCUGCUCUGACAAGGAGCAAGCAGAGCUAGUAGACUUCCUUCUGGCCCUGGUGAUGAUUCUACUCCCUCUAUUGGCUGUGGUUUCAUCAUACACUGCCAUCAUUGCAGCCAUCCUGAGGAUCCCUACUUCCAGGGGACGCCACAAAGCCUUUUCCACUUGUGCCGCUCAUCUGGCAGUGGUUGUUAUCUACUACUCCUCCACUCUCUUCACCUAUGCACGGACCCGGGCCAUGUACACCUUCAACCACAACAAGAUUAUCUCUGUGCUCUACACUAUCAUUGUACCAUUCUUCAACCCAGCCAUCUACUGCCUGAGGAACAAGGAGGUGAAGGAGGCCUUCAGGAAGACAGUGAUGGGCAGAUGUCACUAUCCUAGGGAUGUUCCGGACUGAUAUACAACAGGUCCUGGGAGAGGUGAAAAUAGCAGAAUCUUAAUAGGGCCUCCUCAAGGAAUCAGAAUGGGCUUAAAGGGAACAUAAAUAUAAUUUGCCAACAUUUUCUCUAAAUAUUGUCUGGGACCUUCUGAUACAAAUGAAAGUUUAUGAAUCAUUUAUUUUUUACAGGGGUUUUCAAACUAAGUUUGGACUAGCUACAGAAGAAUCACCUGGGAAUUUGUUAAAAUACAGAUUCCCCCCAAAAAAUAUGUGGAGAGUCUUACUGAGUAUGUGUGGAAUGUAACCCUGCCGUGAAUAAUUUUCAAAACUUCCUGGGAAUUCCUAUUUCAUAGACAGUUUGGGAUUCCCUAGUCUAGACCAAGCCCAUUAUUUUACAAGUGAGAAAAUAUAAUAUGAGAAAACAAGGGAACUUACUGGUGGACAUGCCAAGAAAACAAUUUGGUAGACUUCAGUGUAACAAUUUCAAAUCCCACUUUCAUAAGAAACUGCACAAGUAGGUUAUACCCCAAGACCUAAUUUCAUAUCAUCUUAUCUACAAAACUCAUAUUCACUGAAAGUCAAAGCAGAGAGAGAUGCAGUGCUGAUAUUCAGCCAUAUAUGCAUGACUCAGUAUGGCUAACUAUCCUCUCCAUCUCCCUUCUUUGAAUCUCAGGGGCAUGUAAAGCUGGUUGACCUAACAAAUAUUGACCAGGUAGUAGGUAAAAAGUUCUAGAAAGCUUAUAUACAGAUCUUCUCCUUCACUAUGGCCAGCACCUGUUUUAACUAAUUAGUGCCAGGGCUAUACCGAUUGUGAACUAUUUUAAAUUGUGUUCCUAGUCAAAGGAUUGUAAGAACAGAAAAUGCCUUCAUAAGAAAGAAGAUUGAAGAGCUAUAGAUAGGAUGCAGCUAUCUCUAUGGCAAUUGGGGUGUCUCAGGUUCAUAGCCUGAAUCAUAGGUAUUCUAGCAAGUUCCUUUGAUUUUUGGAAAGUUACUUGAAUUGUUCAGAGAAAUUUUUCUUAUCUUGAAUCUAGGCUCAUUUACACAAAUUUCUUCAUAUUGAACCAAAUUCAAUGAUUAUUUAGAUGUGGGAUAUGUGAAACAAAAUAAAUAUGCAAUAACAAUAAAUAUGCAUAUUGGAACAAAUUCCAGUAAACAUGGAUUGUUGGUCAGUGCACAUUUGCCUAUUCCGAGACAGAUUUUGAGGGAGAAAAAGACAUGUGUCCAUCAAUGCAAACUACUUUAUCAACAAUCAUUUCAGAUUUUCCAGUAUUAAAAACAAAAUAACAAUAAAAGAUCUGAUACUUAAAACAGUUUAAGUUGUUUUGUUUUCAUAACAUUUCUAAAUAGCCUUAGAAACAGCUCUGAACAUAGCUCAAUUUACAUUACAUUCUCCUCUCCUUUCAUAGAAUUAUGAGAGACAUGGAGUUCAGAAUUCAGACCCUAGAACGAGCAAAUUUCAAUUGGAUCCUGGCUUUACUAAUAACAAGUUAUGUGAUCAUAGGCAAGAAACUUUACAUCUCUGCUCUUAGUUUCUCUUUGAUAAUAAAAAUAAUACCCUUUUCAUCAUAUGGGCUUGUUGUGAAUAUUAAAUAAAUAACACAUAUGUGGGCAAAGGGUUAGCAUUUUUUUUCUCUUUCUUUUCGGAUAAAUUUGAUCUUGGAUUAAUUUCUAGUUCUGGUUCCCUGGAAACCUAAUAAACAUUACUACACAAAAUUACUUAUGGCAUAAGUUAUCUCUGAGCAGCAAAUGACCUCUGGACUGGGAGGAUGAUGAAUGUGUUAAGGAUAUCUAGUGGGAAAUAAUAGCUUCAAGCUACUUUUGUAACUUGGCAUGUCUUCUGAGGGAAUUCUAGAAGCUAUGGAUGCCCAUGAAAUUGUUACAAGUGAUAUAGGCCCUUACAGGGCUUGAAAAUUCCAAGUUAAGGUGGACUCUGCACCCCUUGAUGAAAAUCUUAUGUCCACCUACCUGAGCUAAGACUUUAAAUGACAGAGUCUAUUCCUUCAACUGCUUUCAGGACUUCCUUUCCGUAAGAGAAACUCCUAAAACU